AUGAGUAUGGCGAUAAAUGAAAUUAUAAAUAAAGAAUUUGAAGAGUUAAGACAAAGACUAGAGAAAAUAGGUCAACUGGUACAACCGGUUGAAACUGAAGAUAAAGUCUUAUUGAUUAAGCAGAAUAAGGAAUAUAUUAAUAAAGAAAGGAUUCAAAUAAAACUUUUAAGAAAUAAUCUUUCACAAAUUGAGUCACUUCAUGAGAAAUGGCUGAACUUAUCUGCAUCAGAGUCAGUUGAUGAAGAGCAGAUGGGGGAGGCAAUAGAGGAUCUUCUUGGAGACCUAGAACAGUUAAGAAAGGCUAGGAAGACAAUGACUAUAAUAGAAGCUAAUGUGGAGCAAUGUAAAGAAAAUUUACAAGAGUUGACUAAACAGGAAAAGACAGUACCUAUAAGUCCAAAUGUUUUUACACUUCCGAUCCCUACUUUCAACGGCAACUUGACUGAGUGGUUUUCAUUUUGGAAUUCUUUUGAAACCUAUGUAGAAAAGAAUAAUAAGCUAGGUAAGAUACAAGAACUGUCACAAUUAAAGAAAGUUUUGGCAGGAGAAGCAAAAAAAUUAGUAGAAGGUUAUAUAAUUUUUGCUGCUGAUUAUGAAAUAGUAAAACGUAACUUAGAAAAAAGGCCUUGUUACUCCUGUAGUCAAAAGCAUGAUGUAUUAUUUUACAAAACUUGGAAAGAACAGAAACAACCUGUUAGUAGUUCCUUUUUAUCUUAUAUAAAUGGGUGUUCUAAAACCGAAGAUUAUCUCUCAGAUCAAAUUGAUACCAGUGAAGAUUCAAAAUCAGUUCUAUCCAAUACUAGUCAAUUUGACUCGUUGGGAUCAAUAAGUUCUACUACUUCACUAUUGAGAAAAUUUUGUCAAAAGUUGUGGGAACGACAUUAUAAGUGGGAUGAGUUGUUAGGAUCAAGUUUAAUGCAAGAAUGGAACAGAUUAGUAAAACCUUUCAAAUUUGCUCAAUUUGCUCAUAGACAAGUUCCAUCAGAUGGAAAUUGGGACUUACAUGUAUUUAUUGAUGGUUCCAAAAAUGGAUAUGCAGCUAUAGUGUAUGCAACAGUAAAAGUGGAAAAUACUAAAUAUUCUAGUAUCAUGUAUGCAAAGAGUAGAUUAAUGCCUAUUAAACUUAUAACAAUGCCUAAAGCUGAGUUAUUAGCAGCUGAGACAAUAAAAGAUUUAGGACUAAAAUUUAGAUUUGUGCCAUCAGAAGAUAAUCCGGCUGAUAUAGGAUCUAUGGAAUGUAUUCCAAAUAAAUUAAAAAAUAAUGAUCUUCGGUGGUCAGAUCCAGAUUAG